CGUACAUGCUCGCUACGUCAUUCGCCGGCUUGGCUCGAGCACUUCUUGCCCGACAGACCGGCUGAUCGAUCGGAGCACCGUCCGGCAUCGUGGACAUCAACGCUCUUCUGGCCAAGGCGGAGGAGGGCGCAGCGGCAGGCUCCACGGCGCCAGCGGGCGGCGGGAGGCAGAAGCGCCCAUGCCCGGAGGACCGGCAGACGUCCCAGGCCGGCCUCGCGGAGGUGCUGGAGCGCACGCUGCGGUUGGGCCUCCAGACGGCCGAGAAGGCAGUGGCCACGGCCUGCGCGACGAACGCGGCGGUCAUUGUCAAGCGGGAGAGGGGGCCAGCAGCGCUUGAAGCAGAUCGGCCAGACCUGGGUGGACCGCAAGCCGGAGUCCAAGCCGACCGCCCCGAUGGCGCCGCACGACCUCGGGGAGUAGCGGGUCUGGAUGUUCGCCAACAUGCUCAAGAUCUUCGAGGGUGCCCUGCACGAGGAGCCGGAGCCCGUCAGGAACGGCAUCGCGAUGCUGAAGUCAGUGCCCAUUGCGACGCUCAACCGCUGGGUGGCGAGCUUCAAGCCUCGGCACUCGGACCCGAAGGCUGGCCGCGCGUGGGCCUGGGAGCUCUCCAUCUCGAGCCUCGCGAGCGUGCCGUUCAAGGAGAGCUUGGACAACCUCUGCGCGGUGGACACAGAGGACUUCAAGAUCGCCCCCCACCGCUGGGGCCAGACUCAGCUCCACAAGCAAUGCUGGGACGAUGCGCAGGCGAUGGCGGAGCAGCGUGGCCGCUGAGGACCUCUGCUCUGAGCGUGGCCGGCACGGGUCUGCACAGUAUGGUAUACCCUGUUGUCUCGUACGUGCUGUUUUUCAUAUUCCCCUUGUUUAUCUCCCUCGGCUUGUUCUUCAUCAUGUCCUCCGUGUACCCCCUCGGCGUCGGCGUGCUAGCGUGCAGCAUGGGUUACUCAUUUUUUUUUCCAUCGUGUGACGGCCUAAUUCGGACACGGUUGGUUGUGCCGCUCUUCUUGACGAGGCCGGGUUUGUUAUCGAUGAGGUCCCUGUCAGGAACGUCUUCCUGGUGGCCUUCGGCGUGUUCCUCAUGCAGCUUCUCUUCCGCAUACUCAUCCGCUGCAUGGGCACGGGCAUGGUGUGCUUGCACAAUUAUGUAUUCGUGGGCACUGCCCUUCUCAGGGGCGCCGGUUUGGAGCACGGCCCGGACUUCUUCGAGGUGGUCUUCCUGGCGGGCCUCUGCGAGUUCAUCGCGCAGUUUUUCUUGGGUCUGGAGUGUUGCUGCGCACGCGGACGGAGAUGUAUUUUGUGGCGUCUCAUUGGAUGGUCGCCUGCUUUCUCCUGGCGCUGGGGGCAACGCUCGGGAUCUUCAACCGCAUUUAUUUGAUCAGUGCUAUGCUGGGCUUCUUCCUCAUCGCGUGCAUGGCCCUCCUCAUCCUCUCGUCGGUCUUCUGCGCUCUUCAUCGCGCUUCCUGCGCGGGGCAACCCGUCGGGUGCACAGCGGCCCAGGCGGGAACGGAGGCCCCCGGACACCGCGGGGCCCGCGCUGGCCCACGGCUCUUCUUGCAGAAGGUGCUCUCCAGCUCCAUGGCGUUGGCUCCCGCGAGCCUGUUCACACGCACACACACACACACACG